ACCAGCGCGGCCUUUGCGAUGGCUGGCCUGAAUGUCUCCAUUGCUUUUGUUUUCCUGGUUGUUGGGGUGUGCCAGGUGCUCAGGAGGAUUUCCAAGUGGCUUCUGUCUCCUGGAGCAUACGGCUGCCUCGCCAGAGAACUUGCUGGCUCGUUACAGUUAUGCACGAGCUGCCUUGAGCUAAGGAUGCUGGUGGACAUUGGCCCGUGGGGUGGUGGCUUUGGGCUAGAUGUGGUCCUGACCCUGCUCUUCCUCCUCUUCGUGGUUCACGGAGUCUCUUUUGAUGGAGCAUCCGCCAACCCGACCGUCUCUCUCCAGGAGUUCCUGCUCCAUGAGUCCGACCUUGCAGGCACUGCUGCCAAGCUGCUGGCCCAGGGCGCGGGCACGGGGCUGGGCUGGGCUCUCACCAGGCUCUACUGGUCCUGGGAGCUGACGCAUUUCCACCUCAUCCAGAAUCUGAUAGCCUCAGAGUGCAGCUCCUCAAUCCACACGUCGCUGCACCACGCUGCCUUUGUGGAAGGCACCUGCUCUUUCUUUUUCCACCUUGUCCUUUGCAAGUUACAACAGAGUCCCCUGACGUACCGUGUCCCCGUGCUGGCAGCCACCGUCACCUUCCUGACCUACACAGCCGGGCCGUUCACGGGAGCCUUCUUCAACCCUGCCCUGGCCACAGCCUCCACCUUCCACUGCUCAGGCAGCAGCUUUUGGGACUACGUCCAGGUUUACUGGCUGGGGCCCCUCGCAGGGAUGCUCGCUGCCCUCCUGCUGUACCAAGGCAACAUCCCAAGGCUCUUCCAGAAGAACCUCCUUUACAGCCAAAAGAGCAAAUACCGGAUACCCAAGGCAAAGGCGGGAGCGCAGGUGGACGGUGACAAACCAUGUCGGAAGAAGAAAGAAGAGAAGAGCAACUCUGAGCCUCGUGCCUGAGCUGUGGACGGGGGCCAAGGAGGUCCCUGCAGCCCCUCUCCUGGGAGUGGGUUUUGUGGCAUGGAGGAUUCUGCUGCUCGUCCCGUCCAGCACCCAUCCUGCCCACUUGGCCCCUGUCACAGGAUGAGAUUGUUUUACAAUAUUGCAAAGGAAUCGGCCAGGCCGGCCUUGCAGGAAGUCACGAUCCCUGAGCUCCCUUGGGAAUAGAAUCAUAGAAUGGUUUGGGUUGGAAGAGACCUCAAAGCCCAUCCAGUGCCACCCCUGCCAUGGGCAGGGACACCUCCCACUGGAUCAGGGGCUCCAAGCCCCAUCCAACCUGGCCUGGAACCCCUCCAGGGAUGGGGCAGCCACCGCUGCUCUGGGCACCCUGGGCCAGGGCCUCCCCACCCGCACAGCAAAACAUUUCUCCCGAAGAUCUCGUCUCCAUCUCCCCUCUUUCAGCUGAAAAACGUUCCCCCUCGUCCUGUCCCUGCCCUCCCUGAGAAACCAUGGCCCAAAGUGCCAUCUCUACAUAUCUUUUUGAAGCCUUCCAGGGAAGGAGACUCCCCCACUGCCCUGGGCAGCCUCUGCCAGGGCUUCACCACCCUUUAAGUGAUGAAAUUUUUCCUAAUAUCCAAUCUAAACCUGCCCUGGUGCAACUUCAGGCCAAAGGUGGAACCUCAUUAAAAUCCAGAGUGAAGGUGUCGGGUGCAGGUUUGGUACCCGGCCACGCGGUUGCCCCCAGCCUGGUUGCCCUGCUCCUCUUUGCCCACGUUCCCUGUGGGUUUCUGGGGAACGACCCCGGCUCCGCGGCCCGGGGGCUGCCCGUGUCCUUUGCUCCCAUGCAGAAUUGCCCCCGGGGUGAACUGGAGGCUGCUCAGGAACCCAGAAGGGAGCUGGACCUCUGCAGAUCAACACCACCACACAUAUCUCAACCAGGAGAAACAAGGGGAGGGACCAACGCAAUGAUUUUUGGACAUGCCUCGGAGAUGAAACUUUAUGGAACAAACAA